AUCUAUGCCGUUGACAUGCAUCGCAAAGCUAUGAAGUUGUCUGACUUGACAGUGUCUAAAUUUAAAGUAAUGUUCUCCUUUAUGAUAUUAUUUGGUGUGCUUAGCGCAAGUCUUACUGUUUUUCGGAUUUUUCAGAUAAUAUCAUAUGGAUUCGAAAAUGUGGAAGUUUUAUUACGCAUAUUAUAUAUAACCAUAGAAUUUGUGUAUAUAAUGGUAGGCAAUUAUCUUGCGCAAGAAAUUAUAGAUCACAGUAAUGACGUCUACAUUUCCGUGUACAAGGUUCAAUGGUAUAUGGCUCCAUUACAAAUACAGAAGUUGAUUUUAUUCCUGUUGCAAAGAGGUACCAAGGUGUUUACUAUGAAUAUUGCUGGAUUGUUUGUGGGGUCUUUAGAAGGUGCAGCUACGUUGCUGAGUACCGUGCUAUCAUAUUUCACUGUUCUUCAUUCUACGCAACGUUAAAAUAAAAUGGAUUAAUUAAAGGUACUAUAAAGUAACAUGUGAUAAUAAUGAUUAUAAACAAGUAAUAUGGUUCUUAGUUGGAAAGAAAAAAGAAGUGAUUAAUAAGUUGCACUACAAACAAAUGAAGUAUAACAAGUAUAUUUGCACAACUAUUUAUAAUGAAAUACUUGUUGAAGAAUUAUAUUUUUCUU